CAAAUAUAAGCACUUGCCACUUGGUCACCGCCUUCGCUGUUGUUGCCCAAGCAAAAGCCCAUUCCAUCAGUCGUAAGUCGUAACCCCUCUCCACUGCGCAAACCCCCUUUUCCCUAUAAACUAACCAACCGACUCAAGUGACGAGACGCCAAUGGCGUGGAGAUGGAUCGUUCGAAGGACUCGCGAAUCAAAACCCUUCUUCCUAGCCUUUGCCACCGUAUGCGGCGUCGUUCCGGGCGUCAUCGGCUACGGCGUCAUGCAGGCAACCAACACCCGUAACGAACAGCUUGAAUCCCACCUUCGCAGAAGUGCUCGCCCUGAAUCACUGAUGAUGGGACAAGUAAAUAAAGAGAGACUGGCAGAAUACCUUGGAGAGCUACAGCGGAAGGAGAACACGAAUGAUCGUUAUGUUGCUGCUCUAAGAGGGGAGACCUUAACCAGAAAACCUUAUGUGAGGAUUCAACCGGUCCCAGAGAAAACUGACACCGGCUCCAGCAAGGAGUAGCGGAAGUAGAUAAGUGUUUUAUUGCAAGAUAUUGCGAAUACUUCGAGUUAUCUGUACAUUAUUUAGAACUUGGAAGAAAGGCUUCAAAUAUUUAUUAUGUACCUGAUGCUGUUCUGCUCUAGUUUUCUCUGGUUUUGUCCUUGGAUUUGUUUGUUUAAGCAAUAAACCAAAGCAGAUGUUGUUAGAUGGGAAUGAGUGCCCAGGGUUCUCUGCAAACAAUAUAUUAGUUAGGUUCAGGCUAGUGAUUUUAUGAAAUUCUUCUACUAUU